UGCCGAGCGCUGCUACCACCGGAACCCUUUAAACCGCCGGUUGCCAGAUCUCACCUCUUCCCCAAGAUUUACUUGCUCUUCCUCUCAUCUACUACUCUUCUUCCCAGGCCAAAUUUCUUCGUCUAUACAGCUUCACGACCUGAUAUACCCAGAUCUUUUUUAGCAUUUAUCACAUCCAGUAACACAGGCACAAUGGCGUCACCUCAGCAAAUCCGCACUCCCAUCACCGAUCUUUUCAAGAUCAAGCACCCGAUCCUGCUUGCCGGCAUGAACGUCGCUGCUGGCCCCAAGUUGGCUGCUGCUGUCACCAACGCCGGCGGUCUCGGUGUCAUUGGUGGUGUCGGAUACACACCGGACAUGUUGAAGGAGCAGAUCGCAGAGCUCAAGGAGUACCUGGUUGACAAGAACGCCCCCUUCGGUGUUGACCUGCUUCUUCCCCAGGUCGGUGGCAGCGCGAGAAAGACCAACUACGACUACACAAAGGGCAAGCUCGACCAGCUCGUUGACAUCAUCAUCGAGUCCGGCGCCAAGCUCUUCGUCUCUGCUGUCGGUGUCCCUCCCAAGCACGUCGUCGAUAGACUUCACGCUGCCGGCAUCGUCUACAUGAACAUGAUCGGACACCCCAAGCACGUCCAGAAGUGCCUCGACCUCGGCGUCGACAUCAUCUGCGCCCAGGGUGGUGAGGGUGGUGGCCACACCGGUGACGUCCCCACCACCGUCCUCAUCCCCGCCGUUGUCGACCUUUGCAAGAACACCAAGAGCCCUCUCCUCAAGGGCCCCGUUCAGGUCAUCGCCGCCGGUGGUAUCCACAACGGCCAGCUUCUGGCCGCCGCUCUCAUGAUGGGCGCCGGUGCCGUCUGGGUUGGAACCCGUUUCAUUCUCACGGAUGAGGCCGGUGCCCCCGAGGCCCACAAGGAGGCUGUCCGCACCGCCGGCCACGACGACAACAUCAAGACCCUCAUCUUCACCGGUCGUCCCCUCCGUGUACGCAAGAACCCGUACAUCGAGAACUGGGAGACCGAGCGCCAGCAGGAGAUCAAGGAGCUCACUGCUAAGGGUGUCAUUCCCUACGAGGCCGAUCUCGAGAAGCUCAUGAACUCGGGCGACGGUGAGGGCAGCGGCGAGAGCGGCAGCGAUGACAACGCCGCCGAGGUCGAUAUUGAUGACGCCCUCGAUCAGUUCCGCCCCUUCCUUAUGGGUAAGGCCGCUGCUGUGUGUAACGACAAGAAGCCCGCCAAGGCAGUCGUGGACGAGUUUGUAAACGACGCCGUCGCAUGGCUCCAGAAGGGCAACAAGAUGAUUGCGAAGUUGUAAAUUGUUAAAAAGCGUAAUGUUCUUUUUUUUCUUUUUAGUUGGUCGCAUAUUGGGUGUGCGCCAGGGGAAGCCUAUGCCUGGCGCCUCCCUAGGGCCCUGGAGUUAUGAGGCUCUUGUUUUGUACAUUUGAGAUGACCUGAG